UAAGGCUAUUACAAACACAUUUCUCGAUACUAUUUGAAGGUAGGCUCUAAUUUGAUUGUUUAGAGCCCAAACACAGUACAAACCGCACCAUUUAAUAAAAGAUAAUAGGAAAAUAGGGCCUGCUUUUCACAAUGGGAAAUUGACCAUGGAGCCCCUAAAUAAUUGAACACCAGCUUUUACACAUUUUCCCGGGCAAACAUCCGGCCACCAUGGCCGGGAAUAAGACGGACCAAAUAAUGCCUUCUAUCUACGCCGGAUUCCAGAUCCGACGGCUGUUCUUGACUCUCAUGGCCUUACUGGUCCCUCAGCUUCUCUUCUCUCGUCACACCCUCCGUACAAAACAGCAGAGAGAGUGAACUCAGAGGGACCGUACCUUGGCCUGGUCAUGGCAUAUCCGCAGGAAUCUGACGCCCUCCUCAGCUCAGGCGCCUUCACACCGAGCCCUGAAAUCCCCUUCCUCGAAUUCUCCGGAUAGUUCAUUAUGCAACAGCGGGAGCACAAAUACCUCCCUGUCCUUUGGGGACCCAAGUUCUAGCAUAUGCCGUUUCAUGGGAGUGAAUGAGAUCUUCUUCAGAUUUUGAGGAUCAAUUGCCACAAUUAAGGUUUGGGGAAUACGAUUUGCCAACAAAAGGAGAGAGACUAUUAAGUGGUGCAAUUUAAAUCUGAGGAGUUUUAUGAGAAAACAGAGAAAUGGAAGAAGUAUUUUGGCUCAAAAUGGAAUCGACAUGGUUGGAAAUGGGAGAGGAGCUGAAGGACUUGGAAUUGCAACGCUGCAUAAACGCGACGUUUUGCCUGCCUAAAACUCCAAAAGUGGUGCUUGGGCUUAGGGCCUCAACAGCUGAUAUCUUUGUUGAUAAUGCGGCAUUUCGGAAUUUCAUGUUUGACCAAUUCGGGGUCUCCACUGUCGAUGAAGAGAGCUUUGUUGUCACAUGUAUGUCAAAUAAAGUGCCAUCAAUUGUAUUUCGAGGGGGGUCGGACCUAGCAGGAGGGGGAGGUGAGUCAUGGUCAUCAACAACUCUUAGCUCCUUGGCAUCCAUUAAUGCUGUCAAAGCUGCCAUUGAAUUCAUAAAGCUCAUUAACAUUUCAAAGUUGAGCAAUGAGUUCGAGUUUUUUAGUGAGUUUUCUUCAUGGGAAGUUCAUUAA